UCCGUUUUCGUAUCUUUUUCUCAGUUCCGUGGCAGACUUGGGUCAGGCAGGCAGGCGCUGCGUUGCAGCUGUCAACGUUAAAAUAACAAAAUUUAAACAAUAAACCAACUAUUCACCAAUAGUUAACCAACUGAAUAUAAAACUUGAACCUUAUUUCCAAGUAAGGGUGAACAAUUAUUUAAUAAGGAAUGGCUCGAGGACAACAAAAGCUCCAAUCACAAGCAAAAGCUGCCGAGAAGGCAGCAAAGGUCAAAAAGCAACAAGGACACAGUGCUACAGACCAAAAAAAGGCUGCCCAGAAGGCUUUAGUGCAUGUUUGCACUGUAUGUAAGGCCCAGAUGCCAGACCCCAAAACCUACAAACAACAUUUCGAGAAUAAACAUCCCAAAAAUGAUAUGCCUGCAGAAUUAAAAGAUGUGUAAAGAACUAGAAACACUAGUACCUAAUUGUGUUCAAUUCUCGCAUUGGACACUUCCGUGAUGUUUUCAAGAGUUGAACAUUUUUUUACUUUAUACUCUUUAGUGUAUUUAAGGUGAAGUCCAUUAUGUACUGGUUUAAUCAACAUGUAUAUUUUCCUUUUCUUCGACUUUUUAAUGAAUAAAUCAUCGAGGGGUUAUGGCUUUUUA